CGAUAAAAGGAAGAGACUUUUACCAAGAAUGAAAGCAGCCCGGGAACAAGGCAAGACUUCAUGGAUAUCCUAUGAUACCCUCUACAUCGACGGAAAACCAAUCAGAGACUAGGAAUUCGAUGGAGAUGAACUCAAAAUACUCUCUUGGAAUAUAAAUGGUUUAGACAAAACAAAGAGAGACAAUAUUGAACUUAUUAACAUUGUUCGUAAACAUGAUAUUAUUUUUUUGUUUGAAACAUUUGCACACAAAACUAGUGACAUAAAUUUAAAUGGAUAUGUAACGCAUAAUUUUUACAGGAAAUUUAAGCAUCGUAAUGCUAAAAGGCCCAGUGGAGGGGUUGCACUGUAUUAUAAAGAGACGAUAUCGGAUGGUAUUACAAUUGUUGAAAAUAGGUAUGACACUUUAAUUUGGAUAAAAUUAGACAAGAACU